CCCUCGUAUUUAUACUAUCUUCCCGCGUUAAAACACCCGUCUCUUUCCAAAUCGGAAAUUUCCAAAUUCAACCAAAGUUAUCCACGCGCCGCCUUAUGAUGGAACAUCCAGACGGCGGUGCGGCGACGGAACAUAAGAUCAAUUCGGGUAUGAAUAAUCCGGAUCCGAAACAUGUGCAAAAGGACAAUAAUAAUAAUAAUAAUAUUACUAUUGUAAAUGAGAAUAAUCAAAAUGGUAAUAAUAAUGAAGAGAAUGAGAGUAGUAUGAAAUCGGGGAAUAAAUCGAAGAAAUCGGUGCAUUGGAGCGAGGAAUUGGUGACGGAGCACAGAAAAACCGGAUCGAAUAAUCCUUACUUAGCUCAUUCUCCGGCUCCGCUCAACAAUUCCGCUAAUUCCUUCAAUAUUAAAAAUAAAAUGGAGAGUGUCAAAGAUGUACUUGGUAGAUGGGCAAAGAGGGUUGGUGAAGCAACAAAGAAGGCUGAGGAUAUUGCUGGCAAUACAUGGCAACACUUGAAAACGAGCCCUAGUAUUGCUGAUGCUGCCUUAGGAAGAAUUGCUCAGGGAACAAAGGUUCUGGCUGAAGGUGGUUAUGACAAGAUAUUCCGCCAAACAUUUGAGGCAGAUCCUGAGGAGAAACUUCAAAAUUCAUUUGCAUGUUAUUUAUCGACAUCAGCUGGUCCAGUAAUGGGAGUGUUAUAUCUUUCUACCGCAAAGCUUGCAUUUUGUAGUGAUAACCCCCUUCCCUACAAAACCGAAGACAAGACUGAAUGGAGCUAUUACAAGGUAAUUAUCCCGUUGCAUCAGCUUAAAGCAAUUAACCCUUCAUUGAGCAGAACCAAUCCAUCAGAAAAAUACAUCCAAGUUAUAUCUGUUGAUAACCAUGAUUUUUGGUUUAUCGGAUUUCUAAAUUACACUGGUGCAGUAAAGUGCCUGCAAGAGGCUCUACAAGCACACACAUUGCAAGUCGUGUGAGUCUCUUAUUGCUCCUAAUUUGUGUUAUAUGAGAGGGCGUGCUCACGAUACCAAAAAGUUCACCUUCAUACAUCUGGUUGCUAUUGAUGAUUCUGACGUUUUAUUUAUACAAACUCAGAUUUCUUGGCACUAGCGGAUUAUCUUUCUGGUGGUAUUGUUUUGCAUCGAUGAACUCAACUUCCAGUUUAAAGAUGCAUAAACAAUCUGAGGCAUAGAGUACUUCUAUUGCGAAUUUUGCAUCUUCCUUCAUAGUAUAUUGUGUAAUCAUUUAAUUAGCAAAGCAGGGUAUAAAUCAUGAAGGAUUUCCCCAUAUGCUCUUUAAUUCUGUCAUUUUGUUUGUCAGAUAAAAUGUUGAGUACUUCUGUACUCGAAAUUCAGAAUUUUAAGGUUGCUUUGCAACGUGAA